AGAACCUGAUUCUGAAAGACCCAGACUUCCAGCAUGAGGACUUGAAUUUCCUCAGUCGUAGCCAGCGUUACGAGGUGGCUGUUAGGAAGAGUGCUACCAUGGUGGAGAAGAUGAGGAAGUUUAACAUCGCAGACCCUGCUGAAAUCAUGUGGUUUAAAAAACUACAUUUGGUCAAUUUUGUGGAACCUGUGGGCCUCAAUUACUCCAUGUUUAUUCCUACCUUGCUGAAUCAGGGCACCACUGCUCAGCAAGAGAAAUGGCUGCUUUCAUCCAAAGGACUCGAGAUAAUUGGCACCUACGCCCAGACGGAAAUGGGCCACGCCUUGUGCACCGAGGGCAGUCUGGGCCUCUGGAUCUUCACUUGGGCAUGUUCCUGCCCACCUUGCUUCACCAGGCAACCGAGGAACAGCAGGAACGCUUCUUCGUGCCCACCUGGAACUUGGAGAUCAUUGGCACUUAUGCCCAGACAGAGAUGGGUCAUGGAACUCAUCUUCGAGGCUUGGAAACCACAGCCACUUAUGACCCCGAAACCCAGGAGUUCAUUCUUAACAGUCCUACUGUGACCUCCAUCAAGUGGUGGCCUGGUGGGCUUGGAAAGACUUCAAAUCAUGCAAUAGUACUCGCCCAACUCAUCACUCAGGGGAAAUGCUAUGGAUUACAUGCCUUCAUUGUACCUAUUCGUGAACUUGGGACGCAUAAGCCUUUACCAGGUAUUACUGUUGGAGACAUUGGCCCCAAAUUUGGCUAUGAUGAGAUGGAUAACGGCUACCUGAAGAUGGACAAUUAUCGCAUUCCCAGGGAAAACAUGCUGAUGAAGCACGCUCAGGUGAAACCUGAUGGCACAUACGUGAAACCCCUGAGUAACAAGCUGACCUACGGGACCAUGGUGUUUAUCAGGUCCUUCCUUGUGGGAGAAUCCGCCCGGUGUCUGUCUAAGGCAUGCACCAUUGCCAUCCGCUACAGUGCUGUGAGGCAUCAGUCUGAAAUCAAGCCAGGUGAACCAGAACCACAGAUUUUGGAUUAUCAAACCCAGCAGUAUAAACUCUUUCCCCUCCUGGCCACUGCCUAUGCCUUCCAGUUUGUAGGCGCAUACAUGAAAGAGACCUAUCAUCGGAUUAAUGAAGACAUCAGCCAAGGGGACCUGAGUGAGCUGCCUGAGCUUCACGCCCUCACUGCCGGGCUGAAGGCUUUCACGUCCUGGACGACUAACACUGGUAUUGAAGCAUGUCGGAUGGCUUGUGGCGGGCAUGGCUAUUCUCACUGCAGUGGACUUCCAAAUAUUUAUGUCAAUUUUACCCCAACCUGCACCUUCGAGGGAGAAAACACUGUCAUGAUGCUACAGACGGCCCGGUUCCUGAUGAAAAGUUAUGACCAGGUGCACUCAGGCAAGUUGGUGUGUGGCAUGGUGUCCUACUUGAAUGACCUGCCCAGCCAGCACAUCCAGCCACAGCAGGUGGCCGUCUGGCCAACCGUGGUGGAUAUCAACAGCCCUGACAGCCUGACAGAAGCGUACAAGCUUCGUGCGGCCAGAUUAGUAGAAAUUGCUGCAAAAAACCUUCAAACUGAAGUGAUUCGCAGAAAAAGCAAGGAGGUAGCAUGGAACCUAACUUCCGUUGACCUCGUUCAAGCAAGUGAGGCACAUUGCCACUAUGUGGCAGUUAAGCUCUUUUCAGAAAAACUCCUCCAAAUUCAAGAGAAAUCCAUCCAAGCCGUCUUAAGGAAUUUGUGUCUCUUGUAUUGUCUGUAUGGAAUCAGUCGGAACGCAGGGGAUUUUCUUCAGGGGAGCAUCAUGACAGAGUCUCAAAUCACCCAAGUGAACGAGCGCGUAAAGGAGUUACUGACUGUGAUUCGCCCUGACGCUGUUGCUCUGGUUGAUGCAUUUGAUUUUCAGGAUGUGACACUGGGCUCUGUGCUUGGCCGCUAUGAUGGGAAUGUGUACGAAAACUUGUUUGAAUGGGCCAAGAAAUCCCCACUGAACAACACAGAGGUCCAUGAAUCUUACUACAAGCACCUAAAGUCACUGCAGUCCAAGCUCUGAAGUGUCUUGAGGACAAGUUCAAUCUCCCGAAAGUAACUGUACUCUACUCCCCUUAUACCUGUCACACAAAUUCGUGUGGAAUCUGUAUCAAAUUUAGAAAAGCUAGAGCAAAUGAUAAAUUGACCCUUUUCUUUUUAUAAAUGAAAAAAAAAAAAGAACAGAUUUGAGAUUAAAGGAAAAAAACAGUUGUGUUUUACAAGUGCAAUUAACACUGAAAGAGACCUGUUAAGCGUUCAGAAAAAGCUUUAAGAAAUGCCGUGUGACUCCAUCUGCAAUGCUGAUCCCAGGAGGCCAGGCCUUUUGAUAAUUCCUAGAAUUUAACUACUAAGUAGUUAAUUAUUUUCACAUCUUAAUUGCUAAUCACUGGAUAUGCAAGUGUUCUUAAGCAAAGGUAUUUUUUAAGUGGGGGUAGAACCCUUCCAAGCUUUCCUGCUAAUUGUCCUACCACUCCUGCCGUGGGCGCUGGCUAGAAAGCAGGACUGAAGAAGAGGGAUUGGGGAAAGAAACUAAUCAGGAAACUUGGUGUGUGUGUGUGUGUGUGUGUGUGUGUGUGUGUGUGUGUGUGCGCGCGCGCGCGUGCUUGAUACAUUGACAUAUUUCCUGCCUGUUUGCCCUCCUUUGCUGUUGUAUAGUUCCUGUCUGCCUGUUCACAGUAGCAUUUUUCUAACACAAGGAUUUCUUCAGCACAGGCUACUGCAGGAUCACUGCCCCAUGUGAUUAGGAACUAAUCUUCCAUUCGAGGGUUCCCCUAAAUUGUUGCUCUCGUAGCAGUAUAACUCGCUUCACCCCGACUUCUUGGGAAGGGGUAGACAGCAAAGUUAUCUCUACAUAUAACUUCUGGCAACUGGUGGGAUCUCCAGAUCAGUGGUCUUGAUCUCCCUCUCUCUGUCUCCCUCUCUCUCCCUCUCCUGAGAGAGAUGCAAAAAAAAGGAGAAAAAGAGAGUCACAUUUCCUUCUUAGUAGAAUAAGGGCAGGAAGAGCUAUCAGUUAUGGUUACUGUAACUUUGGUGACCAUAUUAACUAACUUUCCUGGAACAAUCCAGAUUCCCUCUAUUCUGUCACUUUGGUGCAAGCUGUUAAAAUGCUCGGUGGUUACAGUGUCUGGCCUCACAAAAAUAAAAGCACCACUCGCCGCCUCUUACACCCAGGAGUCUCACAGAGAGAUCCUUUGACAAACCACGUGUUCUGAUUUUUGGAUCAGAAAAUAUAAUCAUUGAAACUGUGGCUAAAGGAUAAAUGGAAGUUCCAUAGAAAAUCCGUUUCUUAUUGUAUAUCUGGCAUUAUUUUCAGUAUGUUUCUGGGAGCUUUUUCUGACUUGCUAAAUUGUCCUUUCAGCUGAAAUCUAAUUUAUACAAUCAUUCUAUAUUUAAAGGCUAAACAUGUAUCUCUUAAUGAAUUUUUUCUUAAAAUCAGUGUAAAACAAGUCACUUGAUUUUUUGUUUUUGUUAACUCUUUGUGACAUCUGCCUCAUGAAACCAGUUGUUCUAACAUCAGUCUUGAGAAUGUAGUAUGUAAUUCAGUGGAAAUGUAGUUCCUGUCUUGGGACCUGCCAUAAAAUCUAUCCCCAUGGAACGGGUAAUAGGAGAUAAGGUCCAGCAGAAGAAAUACUGUCAGUUGACACAAGCCGUAAUCUUUCCACCAGGAGCACUGAUUGGUCAUUGUGUUAAGACUGAAGUGAAAAAGCACUGUGUUAAUCUCAUUUGGGUGUAUCUUUGACUAGAUCAGAUUCUGGGAAAUAACAGAGAGUAAAUUCAAAUUCCUUAAUAUUGACCUGUUAAAUGUAGAAUAGUUUCCAAUUAGGGGUUAAAAAUCUUAUUCACAGAGGGAUAUCCAUAGUCAGGAUCUAAGGUGUUUGAAAUGACACCCACCCAAUCCAGCUGCAUAGAUCUGGGAUCUAAGCAGGUUGGAACAGGUGGUGACUCUGCAGAGCCACCUUCAGUCCAGCACCUUGAGUUUCAUUUAAAAACAAUCUAAUAUUGACGGUAUUUUUAUUCACAUUGGAAUGUUUUGUCUUGAACUUUGUCCUCUGUAAUUAAAGAAUAAAGAUAUCGUAAAACCUCACUAAUUUGUUACUAUCAAGAUGGAAAGAACGUGCCACAUAACUAAACAUAAGUUUAAAUUAUGAAGAAUUUUAAGAUGCAGGUGUAGGUAACACUAAACAAAAAAAGGAAGGGGUGAGAACUGCCUAAGCAGAUAAGGCUGAAUGGGCCGUGAUGCUGUCAUUGCAGCGUAUCUGAGUGCUCUGUCCAUGCAGGAAUACAGGUUUCUUGGCUGCUCGUAAGGAAGCAGCAGACCCAGCCUGUUGUCCCUUAGAAGCCAGACUUUGCCACAGAGAAGUUUGGUUCUGUUGGGUUCUUUUAUGAGCCGUUUUCACAAAGAGUACAGAUAAAUUUCAACCUAAUCUCCAAAAUGAUAAUAAAUCUCAGUAGAAUUAAUGAGAUUUUUCUGUUAGAUGAUACUUAUAUAAGCCUUUGAAGUUUCAUAGAGGUUUUUUCUAUUUGUAAUGGAUGAAGGUUGAUACUUCCUCACGUAUUUGGAGUUCUACUUCAUGCUCUACUCAGUAGAUCCCGAGGUGUACUUAAGUGUUUGGAUAUUGGUGACCUCAAAGCACAGUUGGCCCCAAAGCCUUUGGGGGCCUUCACGUUCUUGUCUUCAGAACAUAGUACUGCUAAGUAACAGCUUAUCUUCAGAACAUUCACUUAAUUGCAACAUUAACCACAUUCAGGUACUUUCUGAGAACUCACUGCUUGUAAUUUCAGAUGCCAUAUACCUAGAGGUGUUUAACAGUUCCUAAAGUUACCAAUGUUAGAUCUUAAUUCUUGGAUUCUCGUCAGUGCAGGGCAUGGUCGGGGAAAUAUAUUCAGGUUCAUCAUCCUCGAGUCCUCUGGGGAACAAAAAUUCCUUAGACGAUUGACUGUUGGUCAAAGUUCCUCCUACCCCUUUC